CUUUUUAAUUAAAAUAAUUUCAUAUUAUUAUUUGCCAUUAAUUAAUUAUUAUUAUAUAUAUGUUCUUCAACAGCCUCUUCUCUCACAUCACUCCUUUCUUCCCUGUGCGAGCCUAGCGCACGUUAUCAACAUUGCCCACCACUGCGCAAUUUAGCAGGCAACAGAAAAUAGUACACACCCAGAACAGUAAAGUACCUAUUCCUAUUAACAAUAACAAAAACAACAACUACAACAUGUUACACUGUCUCAACACUUCGGGUAAUCUAGCAGGAGGAGAAGAAACAACCAUUUCCGACAUGACAGUGUUACAAAGACAAAAAGCAAGAAUCAACUUUCAACAAUUUUCUUCUUCUCAACAAUUUAUGAUGGUUGCUUGUGAUUCCGCUCUUGGAGAAGUAGUUGCCAACUCUAUCAAACCCGACCCGAGUUUCGGAAAAGAUACCGUUAAAAAAAGAAAAGCUGAAAUUAACAAUAAUAAUAGUAACAAUUCUAAGGUUGAUGUUAUUGUUCCGGAGUGUGACAAGAGGAUCAAAGUGAGUGCAGAUGAAGAGGAAUCCAAAACCAGUGACCAAAUUUCAAAGGGACACAAGAAUACAAAGGCUAACAAUGGAACAAAAAACAACAGAGAAAAUUCUGGUGAUACUAAUUCUAAGGAAAAGCUUGAUUACAUUCAUGUUCGAGCGCGUCGUGGUCAAGCCACUGAUAGUCAUAGUUUAGCAGAAAGAGUUAGAAGGGAAAAAAUAAGCGAGAGGAUGAAGUAUUUACAAGAUUUAGUGCCGGGAUGCAACAAAAUUGCAGGAAAAGCUGGAAUGCUUGAUGAAAUCAUUAACUAUGUUCAAUCUCUUCAAAGACAAGUUGAGUUCUUGUCGAUGAAAUUAGCAGCUGUAAAUCCAAGACUUGACUUCAACAUUGAUGAAUUGUUUACCAAAGAGGUUUUUCCUCAAAAUUUUCCGACCAUAGGGAUGCAAUCAGACAUGACUAACCCUACAUAUCUUCAAUUCAAUUCAUCACAACAACUAGUUUCGAGUUGUGGUGGAUUAAUAAACAAUAUGGGGAUAAUCCCUCCGGAAAUCGGGCUUCGGAGGAACAUUAAUAUCCCCGCAGCUUCAUCUUUACCCGAAAUCUUUGACUCGUCAUGUUUCACCCAUAUCUUACCCUCUUCAUCUUGGGAAGGUGAUUUUCAAAACCUUCACAGUAUGGAUUUUGAUCAAGGAAGAUCAAUGUGCUUUCCUUCUCAGCCAUUCACAGGUAUCUACCAAUUUAUGACUUGUCAAAUCACUUUUUUCCUUAAGCAGCUAUCAUAGAAGUAGAAAUUAGAUUCAAGACAAAUUGAAUUUUCGUAGAUGAUAGAGACCUGAGAGCCCCACAGAUAUUGAUAAGUCCUUUUUCAUCAAAAUGAAGAUUCUUUACUCACUUUUCUUUUUAUCUGCCGAUUGUUUUAAACUACGGUUGUUGCGGUAACAAUACGUUGCGAACCUUGAUUGCGACCAAUGCGAGAGCAAUUCCUAAUGUUUU